AUGCGUAAAAUGGCUCAAAAAGCGCGGGAGCAGCACAGACAGCUGAUCAGAACAUCAACAAGUAUUUUACCAGCUCUUAAUGACACGAAAGCAACAUCCUUGAGGGAGGCAAUUAAAAAUUUGCCGAGACCUCCGAAGCCGAAAUCUCGUUCAGCCAUUGUGGAUUGGUUCAAGCGAGAUGAAUGGCCGCGUGGUACUGGACAGGAUCCGAAAACUAGGAUGCCAGCACCAUGGUUUCAUGGAAUAAUUUCUCGCGACCAAGCUGAGGUCCUCCUGCAAGAUAAACCAACUGGAUCGUUCCUCGUUCGAGUCUCAGAAAGGAUAUGGGGGUUUGUAAAUACACUUUACACGAAUGGCGCACUUUCACCAAAAUUUUCUCGAGUGCACCACUAG